AUGUCAUCUGCAGAGAGUAGUAUUAGUCAAGAAGAAGACAGCUUUAAGGAACAACCCAACAGGAUAUCAAAUUUAAUAUCUAAUUUGAGACAAACUAAUAAGAUCAAACGUAAAAAAAGGACCAACUAUUCCCAUUCUGAAAAUGAAAAGGAAAACAUAUGCUCUUGGAUUGCAGAAAAUAUUAAAAAGAAAGAAUGUAUGUAUUAUGUGGAAAGUCCCAAGGUGACGGAUACAAGACAGAGCAUAUGUAUGUGUGGGUAUUCUAAAGAACAACACAUCGAUUCAGCGGUAAGACCACAGAUAUUCCAAAGGAAAAGAACAUGGGAUGUAAAUGAACAUAUAAAGGAGAUGCCUACAGAUGCAUUUGGCAAUAUCAACUUCAUUGGGAUGGGUCCAAAGACUGAAAAGCAGUUUGUUAGAGUAUCAUCUGAUACUCCAUCUAAUGUUCUGUACCAGCUAAUGACUGAACAGUGGGGUCUUGAGGUUCCUAAUCUCUUAAUUUCAGUAACUGGAGGAGCUAAGAACUUCCGUAUGAAAAUGAGACUGAGAAACAUUUUCCGAAGGGGUCUAGUGAAAGCUGCAGAAACCACAGGUGCCUGGAUUAUUACUGGAGGUUCCCAUGCUGGUGUAAUGAAACAAGUUGGUGAAGCUGUAAGAGAUUUUUCCAUGGGAUGUAUCAACAAGAACAGAAAAAUUAUCACCAUCGGUAUAGCGACUUGGGGAGUUGUUCACAAUCGAAACAGCCUAAUUUCUACCACAGGAUCUUUUCCAGCUCAGUAUCAGAUAGAUGAAGAAAGCCAAGGAAGUCUUUCUUGCUUAGACAAUAAUCACUCUCACUUUAUUCUUGUGGAUGAUGGGACAAAUGGCAGAUAUGGUGCUGAAAUUCUUCUAAGAGCCAAGCUGGAGAAAUUUAUUUCAGAACAGACCAAAGAGAAAGGAGGAGUUGCUAUAAAAAUUCCAAUCAUCUGUGUUGUGCUAGAGGGAGGACCAGGCACACUUGAUACAAUCUACAAUGCUAUCUGCAACAACACUCCAUGUGUCAUUGUAGAGGGAUCUGGAAGAGUAGCUGAUGUCAUUGCUCAAGUUGCACAACUUCCUAUUUCAAAAAUCACAAUCGCUUUGGUCCAGGAAAAACUGCACACUCAUUUCCAUGACACCUUUGAUACAUUUACUGAACAUAUGAUUGUUGAAUGGACAAAAAAGAUACAAGACAUUAUGAGGCACAGCCAGUUACUUACCAUAUUUCAAGCAGACAAGGAUGACCAGCAUGACAUUGAUGUAGCUAUUCUUCAGGCUUUGCUAAAAGCAUCACUAAGUCAUGACCAACAAGGACAUGGAGACUGGGACCAUCAAUUAAAGCUGGCAGUGGCAUGGAACAGAGUUGACAUUGCAAGAAGUGAAAUUUUCACAGAUGAUCAUCAAUGGAAGCCCUCUGAUCUUCAUCCAGUCAUGACAGCUGCGUUGAUUGGCAAUAAACCUGCGUUUGUAAAGCUGUUUCUGGAGCAUGGUGUGCGUCUUGAAGAAUAUGCUACACAGGAAAAUAUAAUUCAUCUGUACAACAACACAGACCCUUCCUGUUUAUUCCAUAGUAAACUGGCAAAAGUUAUUGAGGAUGAAAGGUUUCGCCUAGAAUUCCUAAAGUCAUCAAAACUUUGUCUUUACCAUGUGUCUCAAGUUCUGCGAGAGCUCUUAGGUGACUUCACAAAACACCUUUACCCAAAGCCCAAGAGUAUAGAACGACCAAGACUUUGUUUAGCAGUCCCACACAUCAAAAUAAAUGUACAAAAAGUCACCCUUCGUUCUUUCCACAAAAAAUCUCAAGGAAAAUCAUCCUGUACAAUGGAUCCAGUGAGGGAUCUUCUAAUAUGGGCUAUUGUACAGAAUCGUAAGGAACUUGGAGAAAUCAUAUGGUUCCAGUGUCAUGAUUGUAUAGCAGCAGCUUUAGCUUGCAGUAAAAUUCUAAAAGAGCUUUCAAAAGAAGAAGAAGAUACAGACACUUCUGAAGAAAUGAUGGCUUUGGCUGAUGAUUAUGAACAGAAAGCAAUUGGUGUCUUUACUGAGAGCUAUAGAAAAGAUGAAGAAAGAGCUCUGAAGCUUCUCAUACGGGUUUCUGAGUCCUGGGGACAAACCACCUGUUUGAAACUAGCCCUUGAAGCUAAAGACAUGAAAUUUGUAUCUCAAGGAGGUGUUCAGGCUUUUCUUACAAGAGUCUGGUUUGGAGAACUAAGUGUUGACAAUAGCUUGUGGAGGGUGAUAGCUUGUAUGAUUUUCUUCCCUCUCCUCUAUACACGUCUAUUAACGUUCAGGUCACAAACAAAUAACCUUAAAAAGACAAAUGGUAUGACUCCCACUGAACGUUUCCAAGGUUUCUUCAUGGCACCAGUAGUUAUUUUCCAUCUAAACAUUCUAGCAUACUUUGGAUUCCUGCUACUUUUUGCAUACGUGUUGAUGAUUGAUUUCCAACCAACUCCAUCAUGGAGGGAACAGGUCAUCUACUUCUGGCUCUUUUCACUGGUUUGUGAGGAAAUCAGACAGGUGCUGUAUGACCCUGAUGGAUUUGGCCUUUUGAAACAAACUUUUUUGUAUAUCAGUGACUUCUGGAAUAAGCUGGAUGUCUGUGCCAUUCUGAUUUUCAUCAGUGGUUUGAUCUGCAGGUUAAUACCAGCAACAUUUUAUCCAGGAAGAAUAAUUCUAUCACUAGAUUUUGUAAUUUUUUGCUUGCGUCUCAUGCAUAUCUUUACAAUAAGUAAAACGCUUGGUCCUAAAAUAAUAAUUGUUAAAAGAAUGAUGAAAGAUGUCUUCUUUUUCCUCUUCCUCCUGGCUGUGUGGGUUGUUUCUUUUGGAGUAGCAAAGCAAGCUAUAUUAAUCCACAAUGAGAUAAGAGUUGACUGGAUAUUCCGUGGAGUUGUCUACCAUUCUUAUAUGACCUUGUUCGGACAGAUCCCUUCCUACAUAGACGGAGUGAACUUUAAUAUUGACCAGUGUACCGUGAAUGGGACUGAUCCCAACAAGCAAAAGUGUCCUGAAUCAAAUAAGGAGAACCAUCAGCCUGUCUUUCCUCAGUGGCUGACCGUACUUUUACUUUGCCUCUACUUGCUGUUCACAAACAUUCUACUAUUAAAUCUUCUAAUUGCAAUGUUUAAUUACACUUUUCAACAGGUACAAGAACAUACUGAUCAGAUCUGGAAAUUUCAAAGACACGAUUUAAUCGAAGAAUAUCAUAGUCGACCACCAGCCCCACCACCUUUUAUUCUCUUUAACCACCUACAUCUGUUUAUCAAACAUGCCAUUCUGCAUGAACCUUCAGGGAGACAAAAGCAGCUAAAGGAAAAGCUAGAAAAGAAUGAAGAAUCCACUCUUCUCUCAUGGGAAACUUUUCUAAAAGAAAACUAUAUACAUCACCUUCAAAAACAGAUGAAACAAAGCACAGAGCAAAAGAUUCGAGACACAUCUGAAAAAGUAAACACAGUGUUGGAUAUGCUGGAAUUGGAUCAAGUCAAAAGGACUGGCUCCAUGGAAAACAGACUGAUUUUCUUAGAAGAACAGACGCUAAGAUCUGCAAAAGCUUUGAACUGGAUUAUUAACACACUUCUGGAUAAUGGAUUUGGUUCCAAAGAAUCUGCUCCAGUUACUGAGUCCAGUAAGCUACUUGGUGAAAUAGACCUAAAGGAUAAGGAAGAAACUGUUAUCUCUUCAUGUCAUGUCAAUGCCAGAGAUAUUCACUACCCUGACUCAAAUGUUGUACGAUUUCCUGUACCCGAUGAGAAAAUACCGUGGGAGGUGGAAUUUAGUAUAUAUAAUCCUACUUUUUAUACUGCUAUUAGGAAGGACAAACAAUUUCAUGACCCUGAUACUGACUCCCUAGAGACACUUCAAAAGAUACAUUUUAACACUUUUGAUGGGACCAUAAAUCGUCAAAGCUACUGUGCAACAUAUCGGGUUCAAGAUGGACUACCACUAAAUCCAGUUGGGAGAACAGGCCUGAGAGGCAGAGGAAGUCUAUGUUGGUUUGGCCCAAAUCAUGCUAUUCACUCAAUAAUUACACGAUGGAAGAGAAACAAGGAUGGAUCUAUUAGUAGAAAAAAAUCUAAGAAAAUGCUGGAAAUUCUAGCCAUGAAGCACAUUUCUUCAGAGCACUGGGCUCUCCCUGGAGGCUCCCUCGAACCAGGGGAAACAUUUCCACACAAGCUAAAGAGGAUUAUAAACUUCAAAUUCUUAGAGAAAUUUCAGCAACUGUUAAAUGAAAGUAUUGAAGUGUACAAGGGGUAUGUGGAUGAUCCAAGGAAUACAGACAAUGCUUGGAUAGAAACCACUGCACUUAGCCUUCAUUUUGAAACUGAGGAUGACCAACUAUUACUAGAAUUAAACAAGAAUAUACAGACUCAUAUCCAAGAAAUUGCUAUACGUUGGCAAGUUGUGGACCAGAAAAUACCUCUUUAUGCAAAUCACAAAGACAUACUUCAAAAGGCAGUAGAUUGUUAUAAUGCAUAUUAUUAACAUAGUGCACGUCAAAGCAUCUGAGUCCAUCUAGUCCUUUCAGUAAAUUAUUUCAUCAUACAUGGUAAUAUUUUUGGUGAAACACUUUUAUCUUAU